AUGACAGAGCUGAUCUUUAGGGGGGUUGACCAUCCCGUACGGAAUACGGAGCACUCCUUUGUGUGCGGGCGAGUUUUUGUAACUCCUUUUCUGGAGUCGAUAUGGGUCCCUUCAGCUGCACAAAAUCUGGUGGCGCCGGGCCAGGGGUUAAGUAAAGGGCGGAACUAUCCAUCCGAUCAAUCUAUUCUCACUCACUUCCCCGUGGAAUUCGCCACAUGCGGAGCUCCAAUCUGA